CAGCAGCUCAGGUAACAAAAGCAGAAAGCACACUGUCAAAUCGAAAGAGAGGAAAAGAAGACAGCCGAGAGACAUGACAAAGGGGAGGAGCAGCAACCGGGAAGAUCAAGGCUGUAAACAAAUGAAUCGAGACUGAACUGGUAUCCAAGAACACCUGAUUCGGAUAAAAACUACCCAGAGGCUCCACAAGUUGUUGAAUUAGUCAGACUGUCUUCCUGAUACAGAUGUACCCUGCAGUCGUGGAAGGACGAGUCAAAUGAAAAGACACAUGGUGAUUCACGAGAAAGAGCACAUCCCGACGUAGAGGAAGACAACUGCUGUGAUCUGACAGGCCAGGAGGGAACAUGGUUAGCUCCAGAGGGAAGGAAGAACAUCAGGAUACUGUUGAGGUGACUGUGAGGACUUUCUGAGAAUGCCCCUUCUCUCUGCCUUGACAUCAUGGCGUCUUUGGGAUUGCAGAUGUUAGCCAGUGCCCUGUGCCUGCUGGGAUGGGCGGGGGUCAUCGUGACCUGCAUAAUGCCUAUGUGGCGUGUCACGGCCUUUGUGGGCAGCACCAUCAUUACCUCCCACACCAUAUGGGAGGGCAUCUGGAUGACUUGUGCGGCCCAGAGUACAGGACAGAUCCAGUGUAAGCCGUACGAAUCUCUUCUAGCCCUCAGCGAUGACCUUCAGACAGCCAGAGCCCUUAUCGUUCUAGCCAUCGCUGUUGGUGGUGUUGGGCUCAUUUUGGCGUUUGUUGGAGGCAAGUGCACUCGCUUUUUGGAUGAAGAAGCACCUGGUAUUAAGAGUAAGGUUGCAGUGGCAGCAGGGGCAGUUUUGAUUGUUACUGGGCUGCUGUGUUUGAUUCCCACAUCAUGGGUAGCAGGCACGGUAGUGAGGACGUUCUAUAACACUGCCAUUGAUGCUCAACGGAGGGAGCUCGGAGCCUGUCUGUAUAUUGGCUGGGGGGCAAGCAUCCUGCUCAUCCUGGGAGGUGGUUUGUUCAUUAGUUCGUCAUGCCCACUCCAAGCUAAUGAUGUGGACAAGAACUCAUCGGUACGCUACGUGGCUGUACGCUCUACCAACAUGUCGAGCCAGGGAGGCGCUCAUCGUAGCAGGAUUCCAUCAGCAAUGUCUCAGCCUGUCACAACAGCGUUUCCAAAGCCUCCGAGCUACGAGGCCGAGUCAACAAAGUCUCAGCUCUACGGCAAGCCUUACUGGGAUGACGGGUCCGAAAGAUCACAGGGCAGUAAGGCACCGUCAACAAAGUCGCAGAUGAAAAGACCAGGUUCAACGAAAUCAGAACUGAGUGAGGCACCUUCAACAAAAUCACAGCUGAAACUGGCAGAAAUGCACAACAAUUUAUCAGAGUUGUCCAGGAGUGACGGAAGUGACGAGGAAGCCAUAAAUGCAGCAAAAACAUACAUUUGAUUUCAGCACAUGCACCGAAAUAUAAAACGCCUGCACAACUGCACUGGAAAACACACUUUGAGAUAAUAAUAAGAAGCAGUUAAUUUACUUUUUGCAUUUUAUACUCAGGUUAUGGAACAGAUUCUGGGCGAUGCUGAAAAAUAUACAUAAGUUUAGCAUCUCUAAUGCUAUGUGCACUAAAAACUGAACGUUACUAAACUGAAUUAUUGCAGCAAAUGAAGCCAGAUGUAAGUGAAGGGUGUACAGUUUGACUCUUAUUGAACAACAUAGCCCAUAAGGGUUGGCAUUAACUUGGAUUUUUUUUAUUAUUAUUAUUAUUGUGAGGAAUUUAGCUUGCAUAUAAAUGCAAAUGCAUUAUAUAAACUGUGGAUGUUUAUAUAUAUAUAAUAUAUAAUAUAUAUAUUAUAUAUACACACAUACAUACAUACAUACAUACAUAUAUAUUAGUUGUAUCUGGUGUGUCUAUAUGAAGGAGCGUGCAUUGAUUUUGAUCCUCUGUGGCUACAAUAGAUAUAAUAAAAUAACAAAUAAAUAAAUAAACUUUUUUUAUUUAAGAGGUAAUUACACAGUAGUCAAAUCAUUUUUAGAUUUAGAGCAAUACACUUAAAACCUAUAGUAGUAGCAUAUGAUUUGGUUCUAUGGCAUUAAGCUUAAAAAAAAGAGUAAAAUGACUAAAGAAAUGAGAAACACAAUUUUCAUUAUGUGGUUGUUGCAAGAAAUAUUUUCUUACCCUUGCUUUUAUAUUUCUGGAAGUUUUUUUGUUUUAUAACAACUGUGAACUUUGUUUUAUUUGAACACAUUAAAAUGUAGAUGUUUUCUUUUCAAUAAAUGUAUCUUGAUCAAACACUUGA